AUAUUUUUUUAAUUUUUUUGACUCUUUUUAUGUGAGAGAUGAUAUGACUCAAAAUAUAGAUUAAAAGCUGACUUCUAACUAGAAUUAUUGAAUCUCUAGUCAUUCUUUUCUUCCUUUUUCUUCAGAAUUCGAACUUUCUGUUUAUUUACUAUUUUUUGUUUCUUGAUUUUUACAGUAGCAAGAUUUUGAAUGAAGCAGCAGAUGAUAACUACAUAUAUCAACAAAUGUCCCUAGAAAAAUUUCCAGUGGUACCAUGGCGUGUAACUACUGAAGCUUCUUGUUUCUUGAACAAGUGCAAAGAGAGUGGAAAUCCAGAGGCAUUGUAUAGGCAAGGAGUGGUUGAUUACUUCAGUUUGAUGAGAAUAGAGUCUGGACUAGAGUCUCUGAACAGGGCAGCAAGUUCUGGACACAGAGGAGCUCUGUACGUACUCAGCAUCAUCUUCCUCUUCAGCGAAGACGAUGAGUUCAAGAAACAGGGCAUUCGAAUUCUCAGCAGCAUACACAAAUCAAAACCCACAUCAGGAAAACGAAGAUUGAUCAGAGAGUGUCGAGACAAGUUGAGAGAAAUUGUUAGGAUGAUCUGGGUAGUAAACCCACUGGUUCAAAAACAGAGACCCAGUACUUGUUGUGCGAUACGAGACAAUGAUGUUGAUCGACACGAGAGAUUGGGAAGAAGAAGAAGAAGAAGAGGGUGGGAGAGUGACGAUGAAGAUGAUGAUGAUGAAGUUGAAUGCGAUGGUUGUCGAUGCGAUCGGGAAGUUGAUUCUGUUUGUAACAUGUUUCCUCGUGCUUAA